AUGGACGAAAAGACGCAGUUCAAGGAUGUGAUUGUUGUUGGCGCAGGCAUCGGAGGUCUAUGUGCUGCAAAGACAUAUCUAGAGCUCUCGCCCGAGACUGACUUGACGAUUCUGGAAACGAGGACUACUCUGGGCGGUGUUUGGGCGGAACAGAAUCUUUAUGAAGGUCUAUGCACAAACAAUCUCUACAGCACUUAUGAGUAUUCCGACUUUCCCAUGUACGCUGAGAAGUAUGGCUUGAAGAAGGACAUGCACAUUUCUGGAGAGGUUAUGUAUCGAUACCUGACCGAUUAUGCCAAUCACUUCGACAUAUUCCGACGGAUUAAUUUCUCGACAAAAGUCACAGAACUCGAGAAGGUGGAGAGUGGCUGGAAGAUCACGACAAAAUCGACGCAUGACGACUCUGAAGAGGUUGUACAUUAUACCCGUAAAUUGAUCAUGUGCAAUGGUCUUGCUUCAAAUCCGAACCCAAUCACGAUUCCUGGGCAUGAGAAAUUCGGCAGGCCGAUCUUCAACCAUGGCGGCCUCAAGGACAAGGCUGAAGCUCUAGCACGAGAUCCGAGUGUGAAGCACGUCACUGUGAUUGGCGCUUCCAAGAUUGGAUACGAUGCUGUGUGGCUAUUCGCUCAUCAUGGCAAAAAAGUGGACUGGAUCGUACGGAAGUCAGGUGGAGGGGCAGUGUGGAUGUCAAAGCCGUACGUGAAGAUUGGACCGUGGGCUCGGAUGCUCGAGCAUGUAGUGUGCACGAGAUUCUUUACCUGGUUCUCGCCCUGCAUUUGGGGAUCAUACGAUGGUUUUGGCUGGAUCAGGAGAUUUUUGAAUAAGACUCGGAUUGGAAGGUGGCUGAUAGAUGGAUGGUGGGAAAACGUGCGGCAUGGUACAAUCGAGGUUGCUGGCUAUCGAAGAGAAGAACGGCUAAAGCAUCUGGAGCCGAGUGAAAGCCUCCUCUGGACAGCACGAGUUGGCAUACAUAAUUAUCCAACCGAUGUACACGACUUCGUCCGAUCGGGUCAAGUAACAGUCAAGCAUCAAGACGUCGAUUCACUUUUUUCCGGUGGAACAAUUAACUUCGCUGACGGGGCCUCGCAACAAACCGACGUGCUCGUACAGAUCACAGGCUGGCAGCUAGUCCCCACUAUCAAAUGGAAGCCGGGAGGUAUCGAUGCAUCGAUCGGCGUGCCAAGUCAAUCAUACAGUCGUGGCGAGCUUGAUUUCUGGUCGGACCUGGACAAACGGGCAGACUCACAAAUACUGCGCCAGUUCCCACGACUAGCCGAUCCUCCAAAGAACAAGCUGCCAUACACACAACCCGUCACCCCAUUCCGACUCUACCGUGGAAUCGCCCCACCAGGCCUGACAGCUCACGGCGAUCGAUCUCUGGCUUUCGUGAAAAUGGUGCAUUGCACAACGAAUAUCGUCCUAGCCGAAACUCAAUCCCUAUGGCUGUACGCCUAUAUGAACAACAAACUGAAUAUUGACGAACGAGACGUCUACUGGCAAACAGCUUUGAGCAGCAGAUUCGGCGCUUUGAGAUAUCCUUGGGGCUUCUCGAAAUGGUGGCCCGAGUUCGUAUACGACGCAAUACCUUAUGCCGAUAUGUUGUUGACGGAUUUGGGGCUGAGGAAGCAUAGGAAGUCGAGUUGGGUGAAGGAGAUAUUUGAAGGCUAUACUAUACACGAUUACAAGGGUAUCAACGAUGAAUGGAGAGUGAAGUAUGGGAAGGGAAGGUGA